CAAUAAUUAAUCCAAUCACGCUGUUUGAAAUAAGAAAUAGAAAGCUGUCGUUUUUUUUCAUUUCUUUUUCCCUUUUUCUUUUUUUAUCUUAUUAAAAAAAAAAUACAUAAUGAUUGAAGAAGGCUGGCUUAUGGUGCUUGUGUCUUCAUUAGCCUGUAUAUCCGGUGCCAGUAUCGUAUUUCUUGGUAGACAAAUACUAGAAAACCAGCAUUUUCUUUCAGCCUCUAUGGCGUUAGGAGGAGGAGUUCUUGUGUUCAAUUCCUUAUAUACACUAUUGCCAGCCUCACAGCAGAAACUCAAUUCUGAUUUCUACAUGUUUUUAUGCUUUUUUAUUGGUGUGAUUUUCACUGUCUGUCUAACACGUUUUAUUCAGUGGUGUACACCUCACGCUAUUCAUACAUGCGAUUCUUUGUCCAACACAGAUAGCUCUAAACCAUUAUUUUCUCAUCAACACCAUCAUCACGAGGAACGAGGAUAUGGUAGUAUGGUUAUUCACAGUGAUCAUUCAACCGAGAGAGCCGACUAUUUCCUUAUUGGUGUUCAAACUGCUAUUGCUAUCUGCAUUCACAAAUUCCCAGAGGGUCUCAUUAUGUUUAUAUCCAACAAAUCAUCAAGUCAACUGGGUCUUAGUGUAGCUGCUGCAAUCAGUAUUCAUAACUUUAUUGAAGGCUUUCUGAUCGCAUUGCCCUUGUUUUAUGCAACAGGAUCCCGCCUUUCUGCUUUUACUUAUGCAUCAUUCUUAGGUGGUCUAUCACAGCCAUUGGGUGCCAUGAUUGGGCUACUAGUGAUUCACAAUAAAGAUCAAUUCCAAGAACAAUUCCUAUUUGGCAUUAUAUUUGGCAUUGUCAGUGGCAUGAUGUGCUACAUUGCUAUACAGAGUAUGAUUCCUCAAGCAGUUCGAUCAGAUGCAAGCCACCAAUGCGUACCUUUGUUUUUCUUUAUUGGCAUUUUCCUCGUGGGUUUAUCUUCUUUACUUCACUCCAUUUAAAUGAUACCCAACUUUGCAUUCAUCGUACAUAUCAUAUCGUUUAAAAAAAACAUCUUGUAAAUAAAACACAAAUUAUACAAAUUUAUACAAUUUGUAUAAUUUAGUCAAUCGACAUCUAAAC